ACUUCAGUUGUGCUUGUGCAUACUUUUUCGCAAGUUUAAAUGGGAGUCGAUUUAGCUCGGGUAUGUGUAGGUAACUGUAGGGAAGUAACUAGUCAUAUCACUUAUCUUAACUGAAAGGGAAAAAUAAACUUGCUUGUGACAAUAGCUUCGGGCAUAUAAUAUAUAUAGUCGUUCUUUUUCAACAUACCCAACAAUAAUUCUUUUACUCCCCCAUCGAAUUAUACGAAGCUAUUUCAACGUCAUUUUCCUGUUCAUAAUUAUUUGAUUCGCGUUGACCAACCAGCUGUGUCGUUCAACCUGUUUUUCCAUAAUGUGACGAAACUGUUGUCACCGAUAUGGUCAAAGGGAAGUUUCAGGCUUAUUUCCCAUUUGAAAAGAAUUCUUUGACGUACAGCUGCCUCCACUGUCGUGCACAUUUAGCUCGUCAUGACGACCUCAUAAGUAAAUCGUUUCAGGGAAGUCAAGGUCGAGCUUAUCUAUUUAACCAGGCUGUAAAUGUUCGUUGCGCUGAAGCUAAACAACGUGUUCUUCUGACCGGGUUGCAUUUUGUAGCUGAUAUAUUUUGUGCAUGUUGUGAUACAGCACUAGGUUGGAAGUAUGAACGUGCUUUUGAACCUAGUCAACGAUACAAAGAAGGCAAGGUGAUAAUCGAAUUGGCACAUCUAUUUAAGGACAACAGUUGGGAUGCUGAAUGGUUAUACCCUUUGUAUCCGACAAGCUCUAUUGCUAAUGGUAAUACUUCUGACACGACUUUAAAGUAUGCAAAGCCGCAUUCGAUUAGUGUAAGUGAUUAUCGUCGUAGUGAAACUGGAAAACCUAAAUCUUCACUAAACUUCCCACCGAUUGAUGCGUCUGAUUCUUUAUCAUCAACUGAUGGAGGUGUUUUUGAAUCUUCUACAACUGAUUUAAUUGAUCCUAAUGAAGAAACGUGUACAGAUUUCGUGCAUCAUCAUCACCAUUCACACCAUCCUCCUUCUCUACACCAUCAUCACCACCAACUUCAUUAUCAUUUGAAUACAUCUCCAUCCUCGACUCAGGUUCAUCAGUCAUCAUUUUCUCUUAUGUCAAAUGAUUCAGCGUCCUUAUCAUAUCGAUUAAGUUCAUCAUUAAAUGCAACGGGUUGGGCCUUUCGUAUUCCACCAUCACUGACAUCUAACAAUGAUAGCCAUGAUAAAUAUUUAUUAGACUUAUCUGAUUCUGGACGUGUCAGUGAUUAUUCUCAUACUUGCACAUCAACAUCAGCAACAGAGAAUGUAGGACAUUUAAACCUUGUUUGUUCUACAGAUAAUAACAUCAGUGAUAGUGAUAUUAGACACGUUGAUAAUUUAACACCGGAUAACGUGAUUAUCACUAAUAUUGAUAAAAGUAAUACACGUAUUCAUAAUAAUACAGAUAACAAAACUAGGAUAGUCUCUGGUCAAACAGGCACUAACAUUAGUAAUAAUAAUAAUGAUAUUCGUAAAGAAGAUGAACAUUUUACCAAAUCAAAGCCAAUAACUCCUAUUACAAUUAAGCUAUCUCAUAAAGAUCAAAAUAACAAUGCUGUGGAUAAUAAUAAUAAUAACUCUGACUAUAGUUGUUUGAAAACAGAUGCAUAUGAUAUUUUUGAAGAUAUCAACUUUAACAAUGGGAAUAAUCAUAGACCAGUGGAUGAUUUAUGCUUAAGAAAGUUAUCUCAGUUUUCAACACCACAAGCUAGAAGAAUUUCCAAAAUCAAUACACAAAAUCUACGAGUUACAUUCAAUUCUAAUUUAGCUAAACGUAAUCGUAAACGUAUAAAACAUCGACUUCGUGCUUCAUCUGCUUCACCUUCAAGAGAUUUUCUUUUACCUACUGGUUCAGAAGAUGAAGAAGAUGAUAAAGAAGAAGAAGCAGAAGCAGAAGAAACAGAUAAUCUAUCCGAUUUUACUAAUUUUCAUAAUCAAUCACAAAAUAUUGUUAAAGUACAAGAUUGAAUGAAAUACUAUACUAUUUUAAUUCUAUGAAUAGCUUAUUCAAAACUACAUUUACUGUCCAUGAAUUUUACACACGCCCCCCCCCCACACACGCACACGCACAAAAGUACACAACAUAAGCCUUUGUAUGAUUUUAAAUGCUGUGGAUUAAUAUAAACCAUAUGUCUUUCGAGGAUCUUUUAUUUACAUAAGAUAAAAACCCAGUUUACUUUAAAAUAAUUCAUUAUUUAUUCUAUCCUAGUAACACAUAUCCUCUAUUCAUUGCUUAUUGUUUCUUAUUUAUAAUAAUGAUAAUUGUUCAUAAAAUCAUUUUAGCGGUUUAUUUGUUUCAGCUUCUUUUUUUCUUUCUUUUCUUUUCUUUUGUUGCUGUUAUUAUUGUUGUUGUUGUUGUUCAAUAU